AUGGGAAAAUGGGGUGCCUUGCUUGUGUUGAUUGUGCUAGUUACAGUGCAUGCAAAUGCUGCACGUAAUGUGCCCAAUGGUGGUGAUGUAAGUCAACAGCAAACUCUGGGUGUGCAUGCAAGUGCACCACAUGCAGAGUCUUCAACCAGAAAUGGUGUGGGUGACAAGAAAAACUUUUUGGUUGGUGGGGUUGGUGGAUUUGCUGGGAUGGUUGGUUUUGUUGGUGGCGCAGGGGGGGUGGGAAAGGUUGGUGGAGCUGGUGGUGGGAUCGGUGGAGGGAUAGGCAAGGUUGGUGGAAUUGGUGGUGGGAUUGGUGGAGGGAUUGGAAAGUUUGGUGGAAUUGGUGGUGGGGUCGGUGGAGGGAUAGGCAAGGUUGGUGGAAUCGGUGGUGGGGUUGGUGGAGGGAUUGGAAAGUUUGGGGGAAUUGGUGGAGGGAUUGGGAAGUCUGGUGGCAUUGGUGGUGGUGCUGGAAUAGGUGGCUUCCAUGGCAUCGGUGGUGGUGCUGGAAUCGGUGGCUUCCAUGGCAUUGGUGGUGGUGCUGGCAUUGGUGGCUUCCAUGGCAUUGGUGGUGGAGUUGGAGGUGUAGGUGGUGCUGGUGGUGGUUUAGGUGGUGCUGGUGGAGGUUUGGGUGGGAUGGGAGGUUUAGGUGGUGCUGGGGGUAUUGGAGGUCUAGGUGGUGCUAAUGGUGGAGGCUUAGGUGGUGGUACUGCAGGUGUGGGAGGUUUAGGUGGUGUGGGAGGUGUAGGUGGUGUUGGAGGAGGUGGUGGUGGUGGUUUGGGUGGGGCUGGUGGAGGAUUAGGUGGAGCUGGUGCUGGAGUGGCUGGUUUGGGUUGA